GAGAAUGUAUUUGUAUUGUAUGUAUGUAUGUAUGUAUUUGUCUGGAAUGUCAUAAAAACAAAUCUAUAUACAAUACGUAAAUAUUUGAAAAAAUUCUAAACGUGAAACGUGGUUUCACAAGGUUAAAUUAAUAUUACAUACGUUUCAUGUUCUUGCUAUAAUAUAUCAGUUUAUUAAAGAUAUUGAUUCAUACGUACAACACGUAAAUAAUCGACGACAUUUAUUAAUAUAUGUAUACAUAUACAUUCCAAUGCCUAUAUGGGUAUCUUAUUUAACGUUUACUGGACAGUGUGUCUUUGCAAAGCUAUUAAUUAGUGUGGGUACAGUUUUAAACAAAAUUAAAGCCGAGACAUCAAAAUGUUGACUCCACGAUUUGAAAUAACUCAAACUGACACUGAAGUUUCAAUCAUUAUUUAUGCACCAUAUGCCAAUAUUAAAGAUACGGAAGUUUAUGUGGAGAAAACGGAUUUCAGAUUUUAUUCUGCACCAUAUUAUUUAAGGUUAAUUCUACCAGGUGAAAUAGAGGAGAAUGAUUCUUCUUUUGGAUCAUAUGAUUGUGAGAAGGGAGAUUUUUCUUUAAGAUUUUCAAAAGUACAUAAAGGAGAACAUUUUGAAAAUUUAGAUAUGAUAACUACUUUACUAGCACCAGCAAAGAAGAAGACCAAUAUUAUGCCCAACAUUGAAGUAAUUGGAAAUCCCUCAGCAAAUUCAGAAGACAUUAAUGACUCAUCCAUUGAAAAUGAUUCCAUAGUUAAUGAUAGUGGAAAUGGGGAUGAAUGGUAUAUGGACCAAAAUGUUCCUACAAGCACUAUACCUCCUUUGACUACUUCUCCAAAAUAUGGUUUCGCAAAUAAAGUUUCUGGAGCUUUGGCAGCUUUUGAGUCAGCAUGGAUUAAAGAAAUAGUAGAUCUUCCAUCGCCUGAUACCAUACCCGAAUCUGAAAGGAAAAGCUUACGAGAGAAGACUGAACAUUCAGACUUUAAUAAUGAACACUACUUAGCAGAUUUAAUGCAACCAGAGUAUACAGAAGUGUACAUAAAGUAUACUCCAGAGUGGGACACACUUGAAAAAGAACAUGUUGUGCUAAAUGACAUAGAAGUGGAUAUACUAAAGGAACUCCCGAACAAAGAAUAUCUGUUAACCCAUGAAGAAACAUAUAAAUUGCUUUUAAGUUUAGUUGAUAUUUUAUUUGGUAGUUGUUAUAAUCAUAGAACUACUUUAGGAGAUAAUACAGUCGAAAGUAGUUGGACCAUUAAUAAACUGAGUUCUACUUUGUCUUGGUUUGAAGACUUUCCUGAUGGAGAAGAAGUUAUAAGAGCAUGUUUUAGAAGAUCAUUAUGUUACCCUCUUUUUAGGAACUGGGAACUUUCUCUGAAAGUUCUGGAAGAUGUUAAGAAGGUUAUUAAAUUGGGUAAAAAAUAUAUUAUAAAACGCUUUUGCGAAAUACACAGUCUGUUCAACAAUUCAUGCGAGCCACGGUAUAUAUUGAAUCAGUUAUACAUAAAGGAUUAUUUAGUGUGGCUACAAAAAAUUAACGAAUCUUCAAUAGAAUCUCUGAAUUCGCUAAUAGCCAAUAUUGAACCAAGCAAGGAAGAUAUGGGUUUCGACUUAGUGGAACUAGAGCAUGCAGCUUAUUCAGUUCAAGAGGAAGAUCUGAUUAUAGAAAAUUCUGUUCAUGAAAUAGUGGACCAAAUGGAUGACUUAGUAAUUAAUGGCAACGUACAGGAUAAGCCAAAGACUAUAUACUACAUUAAAGACAAACAUUCUUUAAAGUAUUUAUUAUCGAGCAGUUCAAGUUCAAGCGACAGCAGCGAUACAGAUUCAGACAGCGAUUCGGACAGUAGUACUUCCAGUACAUCUACUACAAGCCACAGUACUUUAGAUUCCGACGAUGCAAGCGAACCCGAGUAAAUAUGCAAGUGUCGCGUUCAAUGUUUGAAUUUUGGUCAUUCAACUGCCUUUAUCUGGAUAAAGGCAAAUGCAUUUUUACGUCUUUAUCUGGAUAAAGUCAUAAUACCAGGAAACUUGCAAGUGACCAUUUUGGAAAUACUUUCGUUUACUUAACUGUAUUGUACCAUACGUGUCCAAAAACUGUACAUACGCGACUUAUACUAUUUGCAAGAUCCACAAUAUGGUUCCGUGUUUACAACCAGCUUUCUAUAAACUUACAAUAUACAUAAACUUAACAAUAGCCGUGUGUAUGUGUAAGCUAGAUUCUCCUGCCUAUUUUACAACAGUGUAAUAGUUAUUAAUGGAGCGAACAUGUACAAUAUAUAACAGUAGCCUUUCCGUAAUAUACAUUUAUUAAAUAAAUAUGAUUUAUUUGUUAAAGAA